AUGCAGGGCUACGCUGCCGGCGUCGCCAAGGGCGUCGCCCCCAAGGCCCGCCUCGCCGUCUACAAGGUCUGUUGGAAGAAGUCCGGUUGCUUUGACUCCGACAUCCUGGCGGCGUUCGACGCCGCCGUCCGCGAUGGCGUCGAUGUAAUCUCGAUCUCCAUUGGCGGUGGCGAGGGCAUCUCCACCCCUUACUACCUGGACCCCAUAGCCAUCGGCGCUUACGGCGCCGUCUCUCGCGGGAUCUUCGUCUCCUCCUCCGCCGGAAACGAGGGCCCCAACGCCAUGUCCGUCACCAACCUCGCCCCCUGGCUAACCACCGUCGGCGCCGGCACCAUCGACCGCGAUUUCCCGGCGGAGGUCGUCCUCAACGACGGCCGUAGAUUCUCCGGGGUAUCCCUCUACGCCGGCGAGCCGCUCGCCGGUAAAAUGUACCCUCUCGUCUACCCUGGUAAAACAGGGGUCCUCUCCGCUUCCCUCUGUAUGGAAAACUCUCUCGAACCAGAUGCCGUCAGGGGCAAAAUCGUAAUCUGCGACCGCGGCAACAGCCCACGUGUCGCCAAGGGAUUGGUCGUCAAAAAAGCCGGUGGCGUGGGGAUGAUCCUCGCCAACGGGCCCUCCAACGGCGAGGGUCUAGUGGUAUACGACUUGACCGAGGAUGACUAUGUGAGCUUCCUUUGUGCGAUCGAGUAUGGGCCCAAGACGAUUCAAGUGAUCACGCGGGCCCGCGUCAGCUGCCCGGAGAGGAAGCCGAUUCCCGAGAAUCUAAACUACCCGUCGAUCGCGGCAGUUUUCCCGACAGUGUCGAAGGGGGGAGUUUCGAGCAAGACGUUUUUUAGGGUGGUGAAGAACGUGGGGGAGGUUAAUUCGGUGUAUAGGGUGAAAAUCCAGGCUCCGAAGGGGGUUAGGGUUAGCGUGAAGCCUUGGAAGCUCGAGUUUAAGGAAGGGGUGAAGAGUUUAGGUUAUUACGUGACGAUAACCGUAGACGGUGGGAAGUUGGUUUUGGAUGAUUCGGGUGCAGUUUUCGGGUCGAUUUCGUGGGUCGACGGGAAACGGGUCGUUCGGAGCCCCAUUGUGGUGACUCAAUUGGAUCCAUUGUGA